AUGCUGCGCACUUUUAUAUUUCAGAUAUCCAAGGGUAUCAACCUUACUAACGAAAAGGGCGAAACUCUGACUAUCUGGGCUGUGCUUCAGAAGAAAAAGCGGAUCUACAAGAAGUCCCAAUCAAAUGUCAGCGACUUGGCAAAUCACUUCGGCGUUUCCUCCGGGGGCAGCAAGGAGAAAGUUAGCAAGGCGCGUUUCACAACGCUGCGCCAGGGUACACGUAAUCCGGUCUGGGAGGAAAAGUUUGACUUCGACCUUCCCCCUAGCGAUAUGAUGUCCGUCUAUGUGGACGUGGAGAUCCAUGAGCAGAAUAAGAAGCUCUGCAAUUACCGUUUCUGUCGCAACACUGCUUACCUAGCCAGUAAGCACUGGAAACUGAUGAUGGAACGGUCGAAUUCAUUUGUCUUCAUGAACUACAAAAUUCAGUAA